UGUGUCAUUUUUCUGUACCACAGUCUAUGAACCAUAGAAAACCCAUCCUGGGAGCUCUGUCUGCUGGGAUGGACAAAAUGCUCCUGACAGGUUGCAUCUUGGUUCUCCAUUUACUUCCUUCCAUGUAAUUGACUUUCCUUUUAUUGUGGAGUCUUAGACUGUCACUGUUGUGCACAAGUUUCUUGGCCUCUGGCAGGACUUCUGGCCUGAGGCAAGACUUGGGCUCUUUUGGGCAGGUUCUGUGCCCUAGAAGCCCAGCCAGGUGACCUCCAGAGCUUCCCACAUGGUGUGGUCAAGGCAGUAGAAUGCGCAGCAGGGUACUACUGCCUGCCAGGAACAAAAGCUGCCAAUCAAUACCCAUGCCCAGAGGGCACCUACAGCAACCAAACUGGGCUGGAAAAUGCCAGGGGAUGCAAGCCUUGUCCUGGAGGCAUGUUUUGUGCCAGUGCAGGACUCUCCUCCCCAAGUGGUCCUUGUUUGCCUGGGUAUUACUGCACUUCAGAGGCUCGAGUCCCCAAUCCUGCCCAUGAAGAGGCAGGCAGCCUUUGCCCAGCAGGACAUUACUGCCCACCAGGCAGCAGCAAGCCAGAGCCGUGUCCCGCUGGCACCUUUCUGCCUCAGGCUGGGAUGGGUCAUGGUAAUGCCUGCGUGCCCUGCCCUGCGGGGAGGUUCUGCCAAGGAGAAGGCCUGGCCAGUGUUUCUGGAACAUGUUACGCUGGGUAUUUCUGUCACCGUGGAGCCACGCAGCCAGAUCAGGAGCACUGCCCCCCUGGCUUCUACUGUCCUGAAGGCUCUGAAUCCCCAGUCCCUUGCAGUCCUGGAAGCUUCAACCCGAACAGUGGGAAAUGGCAGCCUGCAGCCUGUCAGCCCUGCCCAGCUGGGUACUUCUGCAGUGGCUCUGGAGCGCAUACUCCUGAGGUGUGUCCUGCUGGGUACUUCUGCCUGCCUGGCACCAACUCCAGUUUGGAGCACCCAUGUCCAAAGGGCACCUUUGGCCCCAGGAGUGGUGCCACCAAUGAGUCUGACUGUGAGCCCUGCCCCACAGGCAUGUAUUGCUCAGCACCAGGCCUGUCACAGCCAUCUGGAUUUUGCUAUUCAGGUUAUCAUUGUGCCAAGGGAGCCAUCAGCCCAGCCCCAUUCAAACACAGGGUGGAAUCUUCCAGCCUUGGGCUGCCCGGGAAUGACAUCUGUCCUGCAGGGCACUUCUGUCCCCGUGGUACAGAAUACCCUGUGCCCUGUCCUCCUGGCUCCCUCUCCAGCAUGGUGGGGCUGGAGGCAGAGGAGCAGUGCCAGCCCUGCCCGGCUGGACGCUACUGCAGUGGGGCAGGACUGUCUGAUCCAGCCCAGACCUCGCCGUGUAACGCAGGCUAUGUUUGCCUGGAAGGAAACUCUGCUCCCUGCCCUUCUGAUGGGAUUCAUGGAUACAGAUGUCCCAGUGGUUUCUACUGUCCUGCAGGCACUGUGCUAG